GUGGGUUUCUCCAUAGUUAGGAAUUACGCGAGAUCUGUUUCGAAUCUCAGAGUCUACCCAAGCUGUGCUUGCAGCUUAAGCCAGGCCAGUACAUAAAGACCGAGAGUUAACAGUAAAACAACACUAUAGCAUUAUCUGCACCGUUACUCAUUUUCACUUCCCUUGGUCCGGAAGACCAUGUCUGGCUUAAGCCAAAUCCUCGCCGGCUCUCAUUGCGUGCCACAUAUGAACCUGCAGUAUGCUGCCCAGCACUCCCCGGCAGCGCUGAUGCUGCAGCGAAAAGCGAAAUGCAGCAGGCUGUCGGCACGCCCGAUUCCGCAACUUGCACGGAUGUCGCCGCGUGUUUUUAGCACAAGCAGCCUCACCGUUGAAAUACAACCUAAUAUGAGUGGUACUGCUGAGGAGCAAACAGUUCCUGCUGAGCAAGCAGCCACGGCCGAGGUCCUCGCUCCUGCAUCGCUCGUCCAAACCGUGGAUGCCCCAGCAAUUGACUCCCAUACCGCUCCCCAGCAACCGCAAGCCGCAGCGGCGCCUCAACAGGACAGGAAGAAGCUCUGGAUGGCAGCCAUUAAGCCACCCAUGUACUCCGUUGGCUUCAUUCCUGUGUUGGUGGCCUCAGCGGCCGUCUUCCUAACGCACGGUGUGCUGCCUUGGGGCCGUACGGCGGGGUUCGUGCUUGCAGCCAUCUUUGUCAUCGCCUGGCUCAACCUCAGCAACGAUGCGUUCGACGCCCAAACUGGUGUCGACGUCACCAAACCCGAGUCCGUGGUGAACCUCCUGGGCGGGCCCUCCCGUCGUACUGCCGUACUGCUGCUAGCCAAGACCUUCCUAGCAGCCGGCGUAGCGCUGUUAGGCCACCUCAUCACCUCGGCUCCCGGCGGCGACCUCCGACCCAUGUGUCUGCUGGCGUUCUCCAUUGCAUGCGGCUACGUGUACCAGGGCCCUCCCUUCCGACUGUCGUACAAGGGCCUUGGAGAGCCCUUGUGCUUCGUCGCGUUCGGGCCGUCAGCCACAACCGCGUUCUACCUUGCGCUGCAGCCGACUGCUACGACUGCUGUUACUGCGGCUGCUACAGCUGCAGUAACAGCCCCCGCGGCGGGAUUGGGGCCAGCAUUGUCGUCCCUUUUCAUAGGCGUGCCAGCAGCUGUGUGGGCCUGCUCUCUCCUGGUCGGACUCAGCACCACAACCAUCCUCUUCUGCAGCCACUUCCACCAAAUAGCAGGCGACACAGCCGCUGGAAAGCGCUCCCCUCUCGUGCGUCUGGGCACGGAACGGGGACGCAAGGUGCUCCGGGGCGCGGUCCUGGCGACGCAUGGGUUAGCAGUGCUGGCGGCAGCGGCGGGCGUGCUGCCCUGGGUGGCCGCUGCCGCUACGGUGCUAGCGGGACCCGCAGCGGCCGAGUUGGUUGCGUUUGCGGACGCGAAUCAUACGGUUCCGGAGCGCAUUGCUCCGCUGAAGCGGUUCGCAUGCAAGUGGCACAUUUUGUUAGGGUUUAGCUUGUGCGUUGGCAUGGGGGUGUCACGGGCGUUGGGUCUGUGAAAGCUGCGAGGGGGCUGGGCGGUAGUGUUGUUGGAGGAAAGGGAGGAGGUGCAUGCAGGUGUCACCAGAUGGGGAAAAGGACGUGCGGUGUGUUCCAAGGGGUAGGUGGAUUGACUCCCAAGUGGGCUCAUUCCUUGCUUGCUAAUGUUCCUUUAUCAGGGCAGGUAGGUACAGGGCAAGUGUUGGAGGACCUCUAUGGGGACCUGCCGAUUGAGGCAGCACUUGCCUCUCAGGGAUCGUUCAGUAUAGACGGCCAAAGCGAGCGACAGGCAUGUAUAUUAGUAUAUAGUGAAGUGCGGUACAACUACUAAAUUGACGACGGGUCGAAGCGGGGUAUAACGCCAAACACCCUGCAACACAACGUUGGUAACGUCAACGUCAAA